AUUUUAACUUUAGGAAAUUCCAAAUUAAAGCAACACGUUCUAAGCCUUAGUCAGGCUUCAGUUAGUUUAGUGUUAGGCACUAAAACUUGUUCGUUCUGUUAUUAUCUUCGUGGCCAUCCAAAGUCGACUUGCGUAAUUAGCUUUUAGUUUUAACCUUAUUUUGAAGUUUACCGUUCAAUGUACUUCGAACGCCUGUAAUUAUACCGUAUACGCUAUUAUUGGGGCACGUAGGUUGCUCAUAUUUGUGUUUUGAUUUGAUCUUGAACCGAUAUUAUUAACCCAAAUAGGUUAAAAAUUACCAAUCUCACAGGUAAGUUUUCAUUUUUUUUAAUUGCCCUAAGGAAAACCAGGGUUAUAUUUUUAAGUUAUCCUUUGGUAUGUUUAGUUGUCAAUAUUUAUAGUUUCACAACAGCAAGGACUAUGUCAAACAACCUUGUCUGAGAGUCAUUAGUAAAAAUAAUAUUAUUUCAGCGACGACUCAUCUAAUACAAUCAUCGUUUGUCUAAAUUACACUUUUUCAAUGGCAAUAUCGUGAUUCAUUGUCGAUUCAAGUGUUAUUAUGUGUCCGUCUCGUUCACAUGUUUUAUGUUAAUCGUACUCACUCGCUCUACGAUAAUUGUUAUCAUUUUAAUUCGCUUUUGUUUCAGCUCCGACAGACCAUUGUUAUAACUUAUCAGUAUUACUACAAGGGUGAGCGUUUUCAUCUCAUUUAUCACGAACUCGAAUGCCGAAGUCUCGCAGAGAAAUUGUGUUUGGAACCGGACGUAGUUGGUUUAUUUUUUGUAUUCUUAGUUUCGAAUCAUUUGAAUCCACCUGGAGUAGAAAAAAAAAGGUUGGAUGCACGUGAGGUCGCAACAGAAAGAUUGAAGUGGCAGCGCAAGCGCCUUGUGCAGGUUGCACGGCCGAGCGAGAGGCGCGCCGCUACCGCUCGCCGCACGCCGCGAGCCUGCUCGGGCGGGCUACUCGAUUCAUUCUCGAUUUCUCGCCAGUGCCGCGCGAACCGCCGACAAUAUCGCCCGUCGUGUCGCGUUCCCAAUGUACAAAAAGUUUUUUAAUUCUUUUCGAAGUGUGAUUUGAAAAGUCGGUAACAAUAAAAGUAAACGAAUUGUUUUAUUAAUUUCGAAUAACGAAUUGAAUGGUGUUGUGAACAAGUGUAUCGAUUGUUGUAAACAGCUACCUGACCGACGCGUGGCGGAACAUAAAAACAAACUCUCGUCUCGCGUUUCGAAUGGUCCCCGGCAAUAAUUAGUUUGGUAAAAGUGAGUGUGUGUGCUGUGGACGCUUGAUGGUUCAAUUAGAACUGUUUUAUUAAGCUUUCGUAUGUACAGACAUUUCGCUUAAUCGGCUCUUACUUCGGAUCACCAAUGUUGAAGUUGGAAUCUCCGGAGGUCCGCAUGGCGCUGCCGCUGCCUGCGCGUGCGCCGGACCCCUCCGCGCUGGCGGCCUACUGGGCAGAGUACGAGGACCUGUGCCGACAGAUCGGAGCCGCGCAUGACGACGACGACAACCAUUAUGAAGAAGGCGAAUUGGAAACAGAAUGGCUGCAGGCUGCAGGCCUGGGUUCCCUGGCGGCCCCGUUCCAGGCGGGCCUGGAGGUCACCGAGGCCCAGCUGGGUGAGGCGGUGCGGCCGCUGCCCCGGGAGCAGGCGGCCGCCGUGCGCCGCCGCGUGCGCAGACUCAACAGGACUGUGAGGAGGAAGCGAGCCGCCUCCAGAGCCAGGAAACCAGACAUCAGGGACGUGUUUAGGGAUUUAGAGAACUCAAGUGGUAGUGAACCGCGGUCGCGCAGCGCGACUCCCGACUCAUUGGAUUCUCUGCCGAGCGGCGGGUCCGGCAGCCCGCCAGCCGAGUGGGCCGAUGCCGCUACUCCACCGGAUUUCGUCGACAGCUUCCCCCCCACGGGCACCCACGCGCCGCUCGCCCGCACCCCGUCGGCGCCGGCGGCGGGGCGGCGCGCGCGCCUGUCGCCGCCCGCCGGAGAGCCGCACUCCCCGCCGCUGCCCAUGCACGAACUCUUCAAGCCUAAUGACUUGCAUUGGGCUGACAUUGCAAGCAAUACCGAGGGUAUCGAGCUCCUAGGUUACCAAAGAUACGGCACAGUUCAGGGACCGAGAAUAGGAAAAGAACGAAUCAAUGGAUCCAUACUCAAAGACAACGAUCCUUUCAUUAACAACAAACACGCCCCCGUGUCACGUGCGAAGAGCGCUGUGUCCACGCAGCAGCCUCUCAGUUUCGAACACAAAUUUAAUCUCGACAGACAGAUGCUUGCCCACGAAGAGGAUUGGCCAGAAGAUGACAGCUGCGUGGACAUCGAGAGCAUCGGCGAGCCUCAGUUGAAGCGCCUGCCGCCGCUGCUGUGGCUCGAGCUCACAGCGCUAUUCGACAGAUACUCACUGCCCUUCCAGAAGAGGAAAUCUCCCAAGAAGAAGAGGAAAGAAGAGGGUUCAGUAUUCGGCGUGUCUUUAGAGACGCUGGUCCGCAAGGACAUGAUCCUGUGGGAGGAAACAUGGAGCUGCGCGCCCAGCAUAGUGCGAGCUCUGGCCUCCGCUCUGGUGCAGCGCACAGCUGAUGAGGGGCUACUGCGAGUACCCGGAAACAAGCAAAAGAUCGAGGCUCUGUGCCAGCUGAUCGAGCGGCAGUGGUACUCGGAGCGCUCGGCGGUGGAGGCGGCGCUGGCCCGCGCCAGCAGCCACGACCUGGCCGCCGUCUACAAGCGGCUGCUGCGCGCACUGCCGCAGCCGCCGCUCACACAGGAGCUCAUGAGGCUCUUCUACCAUACUUACUCUCUGAGCGGCACUACACAAGGGCGGGCCCUGAACCUGCUGGUGCUGCUGCUGCCGGCCGAGCAGCGCGCCACGUUGCGCGAGCUGCUGCGGCUCGUCACGGAGAUCGUGGCGCGACAGGACACCAACAAGAUGACCGAGCAUAACGUCGCCAUGAUCAUCGCGCCCACACUCUUCCCGCCAAGCCUCCUGAUCAAGCCGUCGGACAGCCUGGAGACCCAGCUGGCGACGGCGGCGAACAGCUGCCACGUGACGGAGGCGCUGAUGCGCUGGAGCUCGCAGCUGUGGCUGGUGCCGCGCUCGCUGCUGGCCGCGGCGCAGCGCAAGCCGCCGCCCGCGCGCCGCGCGCACCUCCCCUGAGCGCGCGAGCUUGCCUCGCCCGGCAGUGGAACUGUCCCCGACGCAGCCGAGCCGCCGGUGCACUGAUUACGUUUAGACAUUCGUGUUCCAUAAGUGCUCCGUGCCCUUCCGACUCCCGUCGACGGCUCUCAGACUCAGAACUGUAUUGUUUCCGAUUCAAUGGACCUGUAACAUCCAUUGAAUGGUGCUCACGAUAAGUAUUAUAAUGUCGAAUAAGAACAAUUCAAGUAUAUCCGUAUUAUUUUCAGUCAAAUUGUGCUGUGUUUAUUAUAUUUUAUUCUUGAACAAUAUUAUAGUUGAGUGAUAAUUAUGAAUAUGCUUACCUACAAUAAUUAUACUCGGUAUGUUAUUUUGUAUAAUAAUGUGAAUAAGAUGCCAAAUAUUCAACCAUUUUAUAUAAUUUAUAGUGAUAUUAUCAAUGUUAUUCCAGUUAGAGGCUGAGCCUUACACAUGUACCUAUGAAAGCAUUAUUUUAUAUUUGAGACAAAAAUCAUCCAGUAAAAGUGUUAGAUUGUGUAAUAAAAUGUCAUAGAACGUAAUAAUGUAAAAUUAUUUAUGUUUCAUAUGAAAAGCUAUGACAAGUUUGGUGCCAUCAGUGAUUUGGAUUUUGAGGCAUUUUCUUAAGUUUUGACAUUGUAUUCGAAUAAUAUUGCCUUAGUAAAAAAACUAAAGGCGAAAAUUUUGUAAUGCUCAGGACUAAGUAGUGAGUGUUGCCUGUGUAAUAAAGUUUGAAGGUUGGUUUAGAAUGUUACCUAUUUGGCAAUAAUGUAUCAACGGUUGUAAUGUGGUGCCUUCAUUGAUAUUAAGUUCGCACAAUUACUUUAAAAAUGUAAAUACUAUAAUAUACUUCGGUUUUUGUAAAAUAUUUUACCGAUACUAAGCAUGCAAAGACUGACUUGGUGUAUUAUUAUGUGUAAUUUUAUAUUGUAAGUGUAUCUACUUUCAAAAUUUAAUAAAAAUGCAUAUUACAUA